AUGCGCCAAAACUUUGCAAAACCUGCUCCCCUAUUCCUUACAGGAGCUUUAAGUCGUCAUUCCGCUUUCCAACGACGGUCGAUCGAAUAUGGACCCCCGUUUUGUCCAUAUGCAGUUUCCAACCUCGAUGCCAUCGAGCAUGCAGCUGGGGACUUAAAUCAGGGUCCCCAGGUGGAACACAUGAUCAAGGAUGAAAGCGACUUUGUGGAUUACGAGAGUCAGCCUGACACUGGCUUCCUGAUCACUCACACUGAAAGCCUGCCAGAUGCAGUCAAGGAGCCAGGAGAAAAUCUGGGAAGCGAGGUUGGUAAUGACAGCGAAGAUUUCCAGGUUUGGUUCAACUCAUUACCUCCGUCUCUGCCGCCUCAGCCCUUUACUUCUGGGCCUAUCAUGAAUCCAUCUGGACAAUUACCGACAUCCUCAGAGCACUGGAGGGCUAGCCAACAACCCCCGUAUACAUAUCCAGAACGCCCUAAAGCUUUAACUGAACCCUACCCAGCUGGUGGCCGAGCUGCCAUUAUAGAGGUGGUAAAGCCUGAGCUUUCGCGUUACGACAUCAUAUCAUUUCACCCUAGCUACGAUGAACUGGCCGUUCCCUUCGUGCCUAUGAGUCUGGAAAUUGAACCGGAGGAUGGAACGUCGAUGAAUAACCCCAUAAAAGACGUAAAUAGACCUCCAUCGACAAGUAACGUUAGUCCGUCACUAUCGCCCAAUGCGCCAGCUCUCAAACCUCUUGAAUUCAACACCGAAACAAACAGCUGGCCCCUCCCGCCUCUCCAAUCCGCUAGCCGGAUAUUUUGGGAUCCCAUUAGGGACGCCUUUAGAGAACAGGUGCGGAUAGAAAAGUUGGCAGACACUUGGGACUGGAUAAAUGAUCUACCAAAUAUCACCGAGAUGUUGGAACCAGAGACCCGGGGAUGA